AUCAUACGCCCGCUUUCCUUAUAGAAAUCUUAUUGGUCAGUUGGCAAUUAAUCACCAUGUGAAGGAGAGUCAUUGAGAUCACUUAUUUUAUUUUUCCUCCUUUUUCUUUCAAGAAUGCCUCUUAUUGAGCCUUUCUCGAUACUCAUCAGCAUUUUUAUAUCUUUUUCCAGCAAUACGGUCUUUCUUGGAAAUUCUAAAGUACGUUUGCAACUUUUUCAUUUGUGUAUGCAAACGGGGCAUAUAAGAGUAUUUGUUCCAAUCCACAGUCUCACUUCAUACACAACAUCUUGCAUAAUUCUCCUCAACUCUUCAUUGUAUCACACUGCCUCAUUUGCAAGCGUUAGCUUUGAGUGAUGAUGAUGUGCUGUACUGACUGAAUUUUUGCCCCGCUUCUAUCUGUUGCUUCUUUCCGCAAAGUAGGACAUUUCAGCAAAUCUGUCACAACGAGCUACA